AUGAAGACAUUUAUCUUGGUAUUGAUUGCCUUUUGUGGGGCAGCUACUGCAUUUGAUGCCUACCGCGAUACUCAUUUGAUGCUUCAAACAAGAAGAAACAUUAAUAAUCCAACAAGGAUUUUGUUCCGCAGUGAAAGUAGUCUUUUGGCUAGUGAAUAUGACCGAACUAAGCCAACACGCAUUCUGAUUCACGGAUGGAGAGAUUAUGAAGGUUCCGAUAUUUCAACAGCAACUGCAGCUGAGCUUUUAAGAUAUUAUGACUUCAAUGUCAUCUUUGUCGACUGGUCUGAAGGCUCAAGCUCUUUGACUCACGGAACUGCAGCUGCUCGUGCUGAACCAGUGUCAAUUAUUGUAUCAUCACAGUUGAAUUGGAUGAGAUCGAUGAAUUUCAUUGAUUUUGCUCGAGUUCAAAUGAUUGGAUUCUCGAUGGGAGCUCACAUUGCGGGUCUGGCUGGUAAAAGAACUGAUGCUUUAGUUGAUUCUAUCAUUGGACUUGAUCCAUCGGGACGUUCUUUCAGUGUUAAUCGACCUGAUGAGAGAUUAAAUGCUGGCGAUGCUAGACACGUUGAGUGCCUUCAUACAGGUGGUGGUCUUCUCGGAGAUGGAAUUGGAGCUGCAAUUUGUGAUGCCGAUUUCUUCCCAAACGGUGGUUCAGGUCAGCCUGGUUGUUUAUUCUCUGGAUGUGAUCACAGUCGAUCUGUUGAAAUUUAUGUUGAAUCUAUCGAUGUUAAUGGAUUCCACUCAAUUCGUUGUCAAACUGAACAACAAGCUACUCGUGAGAACUGCGCAAGCGGUGGUGGAUUCUGGUUCAACUCACCAACAAACUCUGCAAAUCAAUUGAGAGGAUUCUUCCACUUCUCAACCAACAGAAAUACACCUUUUGCUCAAGGACCAUUCAGACCACAAUCUGAGUUCCUUAAAAGAAUUGGAUUUUACAACAGGAAAACACUUAGAGUUUAA